AAUGGGAAAUAAUCGUUCCUCAACCUCUUCUUCUUCUGCUACUUCAAGUUAUUCUCAAUAUACCCAUUCCAUUCCAAACAAAAAUUUUACUGAUAAAAAUACUCGGCAAUUUUGGAAAACUUCAAUUUCGGCACGAGAAAGUUUUGAAAUUUCUCCACAACAAAAAGAAGAAACAAAAACACGUUUACGUAAUCGUUCUCUUGUUUUAUUUCAACAACCAAAAUUAAAUAAAGGAGGAGGAAAUAAUAAUUGGUGGCCUUUAAAGAGAAUAAAAAAUAGAAGGUUUUGA